AAUCGGUUCUUAUAUAUAAGACCGUCUUGAGUACAAUUUUAAGACGGUCUUGAAAUAAGAACAGACUAUAAAUAUUGGCUUAUGAUUAUUUUCUUAUAUAUGUUUAUUAUGUUGUAUUAUGUCUUUAUUUUCAACAGGCUAGACGUUACACUCUUGAAGAAAAAAUGUUUUGCUUAAGUCUCUUUAAAAGAUGUCGUACAUCAUAUAAUUUUCUUUCUAAAUAUCUACACUUUCCUUCUCAUGUCACUUUAAAGAAACAAUUACGAAAUAUUCCUAUUGAUACUGGGUGUAAUAAAAGUAUUCUACAAUAUUUAUGUUUAAUUAAGAAAGAGAUUGAUCCUAAAGAUUUAUAUGUGGUGCUUAUUUGGGACGAAAUGUCUAUACAACCUGCUGUCCAAUAUGAUCCAAAAAAUGAUAAGAUAAUUGGCUUGGAAGAUUGGGGUACAAAACGAACUAGAAAGAUAGCAGAUCAUGCGAUUGUUUUUUAUAUAAGAUGUCUCGCCUCUGGAAAGCACAUGCCAAUUGGCUACGGAUACAGUCAUAGUGCAACAAAUUCAAUUCAAUUAGCCAGAUGCAUCAAAAAAUGGUUACUAGCACUUAUAAAGUGUGGUUUCAAACCAGUUGCAAGCGUUUGCGAUCAAGGGGGAACUAAUAUUGCAGCGAUCAAUUUAUUGAUACAACAAACGCGACCUGCACUACAUGGUAAUGAACCACAAGGACAUAUAAAAGAUAACACCAUUUUUCUUAAAAAUCACAAAAUUAUACCACUCUUUGAUUAUGUUCAUUUGCAAAAAGGCGUGCGGAAUAACUUACUAACUAAACAUUUAAUGCUUAACAAAAAUGUAUCAACAGAUUUGAAAUGUCCAUACGCCACAUGAGAUGCUAUCGAACGUUUGUAUACUAUCGAUAAACUGAACAAAUAUUCAGAUAUUCAACAACGGAUGAUGCCUAAAUUAGUGGAUAAGCAUAUCUAUCCAGCUUUGAUUCCAAAGAUGAGAGUAAGAUAUGCUGUCCAAGUGUUAAGCCAUACUGUGGCUCAUUACAUGGCUAUAGUCGUAUCUUAUAAACAAGGUGUUGUUGAAACUAUAAAAGGCACGAUACAGUUGCCAGAAAGCUCCGCUGCUACAUCAAGAACGCUAUUAUUCUUUGAUAAAUUAUUCGAUUCCUUUAAUGGCAAACAAGGACAAGGCCUUAGUAGUAUAAUUAGUCCACAAAGCACGCAUAAACGUUUUUGGCAAAAGGCAUUAUUUACGUUGGAUAAUAUGCAAUUUGUUGAAAAAACAACACUAAAACCAAUAAGAAGAAAUGCACCAAAGUGCUUAAAAAAUUGGAUGUGGACGAUCCGAGGUGUUGCACGUCUAUGGAAUGUCCUCCAAAGAAGUGGAUUUACACAUCUUAAUUUAAAAUAUAUAAAUCAAGACGUACUAGAAAAUUUUUUCGGCCAAAUAAGAGACGUAGGACGUAGGAAUGUCAACCCAACUCCUUACCAAUUUGGAACGGCAUUUAAAACACUAAUUACUGCUAAUAUUACGUCCAAGCAUUCCGUCUCUUCUAAUUGUGAAGAAAAUGAAACGGAUAGUUCUUUAGCAUUAAUGACUAUGUUUCGCGCAGCAGAAAUUGCACGCAUGGAAAAUAAUGACACCAACAUAGAUUGUGCUGAAGCUGCUGUACCAAUAGUAGAAGCAAGAAAUGUUUUUGUGAAUGUGCACAAAAUAUUGAGUUUCAUGCGUAAAAAAUGGAUACCUAUAUGCAGUGAUUGUGCAAAAAAAUUAGAAAAUGAACAAAUAACAAAUAUAUUACAACAAGCGAUAUAUAUAACUGAAGUGCAAUUUCCAAACUUUUGCCACAAUAUCAAAUUAAAAGAACAAGUUUUAAAUAGCAUGGCGACGGAGACAAAUUAUUUAACAAUGCACUGUAAGUCUGCUUUGAAGGAGUUGUUGGAUAUGGUUGCAAUGGAAUUUAUCCAGCAGUGGUGCAAUUUUCUUAAUAAAAUAUUAAAUAAAAAAAUAUUAGCUGAAUUCCAGCCAAAUUAUAUGUAUAAUCAAGCUAAAUCAUUGGCAAUGAGAUAUGUUAAGAAAGGUAAGAAGGGAAAGUAUUAUGUUUACACUUGCAAAUAAGGGAAUAGAAUGAGUUAUUUAUUAAAACAAUUAUGUUUUUUUUUUUGCAGGUACUUUAUCCAGGUAUACGCAUCUAAAUUAAAAUAUGUUUAUACACACACACAUACAUAUACACACAUAUACACCGUACAUACAUAUAAACAC